AUGCACCCGAGAGAUGGGCUGCGGAGGCAGCACUCCCGGCAGUCAAGGGGGAAGGGUGCUGCUGUUGGCGUCGCUGCAGAUGCCGUUGAUGAUGCUGUUGUGGGUAGGGACGAGGAGGGCAGCCCUGUGGCAGAUCCGAGCGCGGGAGGAGUGGAUCUGGGCGUGGAAAGUGCAGAUCUGGUCGCGAGGUGUGCAGAUCUGGGCGCGCAGAGCGCAGAUUUGGAUGCGCGGAAUGCAGAUCUGGUCGCGCAGAGCGCAGAUUUGGAUGCGCGGAAUGCAGAUCUGGUCGCGCUGAGUGCAGAUCUGGUCGCGCGGAAUGCAGAUCUGGUCGCGCGGAGUGCAGAUCUGGAUGCGCGGAAUGCAGAUCUGGUAACGAAAUGUGCAGAUCUGGGUGCAGGGGUAGAUCUGGGUGCGGGAGGAGUAGGUCUGGGCGCGGGAGGAGUAGAUCUGGACGCUGGAGUUGCAGAUCUGAGCGCGAGGAGAGCGGAUCUGGGCGCUGGGAGGGAAGAUCUGGGCGCUGGGAGGGCAGAUCUGGGCGCUGGGAGGGCAGAUCUGGGCGCUGGGAGGUCAGAUCUGGGCGCUGGGAGGGCAUAUCUGAGCGCUGGGAGGUCAUAUAUGGGCGCUGGGAGGGCAGAUCUGGACGCUGGGAGGUCAGAUCUGGGCGCUGGAGUUGCAGAUCUGGACGUGCGUGGAGCAGUGCCUUGGAGGGCUGCGCCUUAUGUGUUGCGCGGGGAGGGAGGACAGCGCCUAAAGGGCGCGCGAAGAGAUGGCAGCUUCGUUCUAAAAGGCUAG